AUGAUACUUGAACAGGUUUCUUUCAAUGUCAGAGCUGGGGAUGAGAUCAAAUGCACAAUUGCGGAGUUGCAGCAGUUGAGAGCUGUGCCGGAAAACAUACUUUUGGAUAUAGUUUUUGAAAAUGAGCAUUUGCUAGUCAUAAAUAAACCUACUCACAUGGUUGUGCAUCCAACACCUGGAAAUAUGUCUAGGACACUUGUCAGUGGCAUCCUUCACUACUGCAACCUGCCAAAUGUUGAAUAUUUUAAAGAUGAAGCUCUUUCAGAUCCAAAAGAUUUUGAUGAUGAACUUAAUGGCUUCUCAUCUAAGGCAACUUCUUGUGAAGGGUUAGAUUCUAGAUUGUCUUUGCCUUCAAUUCGCCCAGGGAUUGUACAUAGAUUAGACAAAGGCACGAGUGGGUUGCUAGUUGUGGCCAAGGAUGAACAUUCUCAUAAGAAAUUGUCUAAACAAUUCAAGCUACGCACUAUUAAGAGGGUCUAUGUUAGUCUCACUGUUGGGGUACCUACUCCAGUUGCUGGGCUUGUUGAGGUUCCAAUUGGUCGGGAUCCUAAUAACCGGCUUCGGAUGACCGCUGUUGCUGGAGCAGUUAAUUCUAUAAAGGCUCGUCAUGCUGCUAGUAGGUGA